ACGCGAGCCGUCGUGUGUCCGGCCUUCCCUCCUCCCUCCUCUCUCCUCUCUCCUCUCUCCUCUCUCCGCCUCUCCUCGGCUCCGCUGCGCUCCGACAACCUGCCAGAAAAACACCUGAGAAACAGCAACCAUGUCUGAGAAAUUUACCUACAAAGUUGCCGACAUCAGUCUGGCCGAAUGGGGGCGCAAGGCCGUCGACAUCGCCGAGAACGAGAUGCCCGGCCUGAUGAAGAUGAGGGACAUGUACGGUAAGACCAAGCCGCUGAAGGGCGCCCGCAUCGCCGGCUGCCUGCACAUGACGCUGCAGACCGCCGUGCUCAUCGAGACGCUCACCGCCCUCGGAGCCGAGGUUCAGUGGUCGAGCUGCAACAUCUUCUCCACUCAGGAUCACGCUGCGGCCGCCAUCGCCAAGACCGGCGUUCCAGUGUUUGCGUGGAAGGGCGAGACGGACGAGGAGUACGUGUGGUGCAUCGAGCAGACGCUCUACUUCAAGGACGGCCAGCCGCUCAACAUGAUCCUGGACGACGGAGGAGACCUCACCAACAUGGUGCACCAGAAGUACCCCAAGCUACUGGCAGGUAUCCGCGGCGUGUCGGAGGAGACGACCACCGGCGUCCACAACCUGUACAAGAUGAUGAAGAAGGGCGAGCUGAAGAUGCCCGCCAUCAACGUCAACGACUCCGUCACGAAGAGCAAGUUCGACAACCUGUACGGCUGCAGGGAGAGCCUGAUCGACGGCAUCAAGAGGGCCACGGACGUCAUGAUCGCCGGCAAGGUCGCCGUGGUGGCCGGGUACGGCGACGUGGGCAAAGGCUGCGUCCAGGCGCUGCGCGGCUUCGGCGCCCGCGUCAUCGUCACGGAGAUCGACCCCAUCAACGCGCUGCAGGCGGCCAUGGAGGGCUAUGAGGUCACCACCAUGGAUGAGGCGUCCAAGGAAGGAAACAUCUUCGUCACCACCACCGGCUGCGAGGACAUCAUCCAGGGACGUCACUUUGAGAACAUGAAGGACGACGCCAUCGUCUGUAACAUCGGACACUUUGACUGCGAGAUCGACAUCAGCUGGCUCAACAAGAACGCCGCUCUGAAGAUCAACGUCAAGCCUCAGGUCGACCGCUAUCGCAUGAAGAGCGGCAAACACAUCAUCCUGCUGGCCGAGGGCCGCCUGGUGAACCUGGGCUGUGCCAUGGGACACCCGUCCUUCGUCAUGAGCAACUCCUUCACCAACCAGGUUCUGGCUCAGAUCGAGUUGUGGGAGAACACGGCCAAAUACCCCAUCGGCGUCUACUUCCUGCCCAAACAGUUGGACGAGCAGGUAGCCGCCGCCCACCUGGACAAGCUCGGGGUGAAGCUCACCAAGCUGACGGACAAGCAGGCCCAGUACCUGGGUCUGCCGGUGGACGGGCCCUUCAAGCCGGACCACUACCGCUACUGAGACCCCGGUCUGGGGGGAGAAGGGGGAGGAGUUUUGGACUCUAUUCACAUUUCAGGGAAACUGGGGGACGCUUCUCUUUGUUUCCCCCUUUUAAAAAAAAUAUUUUUUUUAAAUCUCAGUGUCAUUUCAGUGUGAAACCAAAGCUUCAGUUGGUCUCCUCGUCUCCUUUCUUUCCUCGUCUCCUCUGUCCUUCCUCUUCUGAAACACAAGUGCUCCUGUGCUCGCUGGUCAUUCCCUCGUUAAUGGACGACAAAUAAAACCCUGAUGCUUUUGUAUUUCCUUUA